AUGGCAAAGAGCGCACGAGCAAGCACCAGAAAGGUCAACAACAGGCGCCUUGUAAAGAACGUUUUCGGACCCGCAGAGGCUGCCCGAAAUGAGCGUCUCUCCGCCAAACUCCUUGAGGUGGCCAAGCAGCCCAAGCCUGAAUCCUCAGAUGUGAACAUGAACAACUCAGCUCAAGAUGAGGAAAUCAAAGACGAUGCCAAUGAAAGCGCCCAGGAGGUUGAGGAGACAACAAUGGAUGUGGACUCAGUGAAGAAGCCUUCAAGUGGACGAAUUGAGAAGAAGCGACCCGACAAGCGCAAGCAAAAGUCGUCCAAGAUCGUUUUCAAGCCUUACGGUACUCGAUCAAAGGGCAAGAAGAAGAGCGCUUAA